CAGGCGAGCUCGCACUCCAGCUUGGCGUUCAGUGUGGUACAGACGCUCCGAUCCUUUCAUUCAGUGUCUUUUGUUUUUGCUUUGCGCGGACACCCCCGACACUAAGCAGCCAUGGAUGCCAUCAAGAAGAAGAUGCAGAUGCUCAAGCUCGACAAGGAGAACGCCUUGGACAGAGCUGAGCAGGCAGAGUCAGACAAGAAGGCAUCUGAGGACAGGAGCAAACAGCUUGAGGAUGACCUGGUAGCACUACAGAAGAAGCUGAAGGCAACUGAGGAUGAGUUGGACAAGUACUCUGAAGCCCUGAAGGAUGCCCAGGAGAAACUGGAGCUUGCUGAGAAGAAAGCCACAGAUGCUGAGGGUGAUGUAGCUUCCCUGAACAGACGUAUCCAGCUGGUUGAGGAGGAGUUGGAUCGUGCUCAGGAGCGUCUGGCCACAGCCCUUACCAAGCUGGAGGAGGCUGAGAAGGCUGCUGAUGAGAGUGAGAGAGGCAUGAAGGUCAUUGAGAACAGGGCAAUGAAGGACGAGGAGAAGAUGGAGCUGCAGGAGAUCCAGCUGAAGGAGGCCAAACACAUUGCAGAGGAGGCUGAUCGCAAAUAUGAGGAGGUGGCCCGUAAGCUGGUGAUCGUUGAGAGUGAGCUGGAACGUACAGAGGAGCGCGCUGAGCUGUCUGAGGGCAAAUGCUCAGAGCUUGAAGAGGAGCUGAAAACCGUGCAGAACAACCUGAAGUCUCUGGAGGCCCAGGCAGAGAAGUACUCACAGAAGGAGGACAAGUAUGAAGAGGAGAUCAAGGUUCUUACAGACAAGCUGAAGGAGGCUGAGACUCGUGCUGAGUUCGCAGAGAGAUCAGUCGCCAAGCUUGAGAAAACCAUUGAUGACCUGGAAGACCAUCUAUACAAGCAGCUUGAGAAAAACCGUCUUCUGACAAAUGAACUAAGAGUAGCUUUAAACGAGGCUUAACCUGGAAUGGACUCUUGUAUGAUUUCAUUCUUCUGAAACUCAACUGUCCAGGCAUAAAGCAGUCUGAUGCUGUGGUAUAAAGAGUAUAGACAACCGUGUCUAUGAUACAAAAGUUAAACCAAGUAAUGCUUUCAACAAACGGGAUACAAAUGUACGAUUUUCACAUUAUGCAUGCACAAACUCAAUUUCAGGUGGGAGGUCAGGCAACCUCGGGUUAUGAAACCUUAUGGAAUGGAUUUGAUAUAUUUUCCUCAGUUAUCGACAGGGUUGUAGCAAAUCAGUCCAAUAUGCACAAUGCUGUUGCUCAUGGGUUGAAGACUGGUGAUGAUGCUGGUGGCCGAACACUGCAGAAGGGUCCUAAAAUGCAGCACGGGUCCAGAAUUCCUUCUACAUCCCUGAAUCCUCCUCUGUAAUAUUAUGACUAUUGCAGAGAAAUAUUUUCAAGAAAAAUAAUCCUGUACACAUUGGAACCAAACUGCCCGUUUUUUUUUUUUUGUUUUCAUGCACGUUUGACAUGUUGCAAUUGGAGUUGUUUUUUCAUUUUUGUAUUUCUGUAGCAUUUCAGUACAGA